AUGAGAGUUGCAGUUGCGCCAUUAUAAAUCUCAAGAUCAUUGCCUCCAGUUCCAUUGCCAGUAAUGGCAACACCAGUAAUGGUUGAUAGAGGUACUUAAUCUAUAGAUCUUUCUUAGUCGUUAACAUACAUCAUUCAUAAGUAUUUCACACAGAUUCACCAUUAAAAUAAUAAAGUGAGCAAAAAUUGAAAUAAUUGGAAUCAAGAGUGUAAAAUCUAGAAACUUAAUCUCCAAAUAAGGGUAAAGUGGAAAAGUUACUUGAAGAAAAUGAAAAAUUAUUGCAGUUGGUUCGUGAGAAGACUGAACAUGCUUCAAAAUAUAAAGGAGAAUUACUUACUGCCAAAAAGGAAAUCACUAAGUAUACUUAUUAUCUAUCUUAUAAGGUUAAAGAAAGUCCUUGAUUUGAAGGAAGAAGCAUUAACGGAUAUGAGAUUAAAAAGUUAAAGUAGAAGUGUAUCAAGGGCUAGUGAAAGAAAGGCUGAAUAGAUUAUGUAAGAGAAACAACUUCUAGAAUAACAAUAUGCACGUGAAAAACAAUUUAUGCAAAAUCAAAUAAAUUAGCUAAAAGAAGUCAUAGAAUCAUAAUCCUCUUAAAACCAAUCUCUCUAAAAUAUAGAUUAUCAAUAGUAAUAUUUAUUUAACCCUAACCAAUAAAUUGAGUUAUUUGGUCAAUAACCAUCGUAAUCAGGUUAAAUUAUAAAAGGUAGUUAAAAAAGUAUAAAGAAGCCAUAAUCAACUAAUUAAAUCUAAUAUGAAGUUCCUGAUUAUACUAAUUCUUAAUUAAGGAAGCCUUAAGCUUAAGAUCCUCUUAGAAAACUAUCUUCAGCAUUUUAGGAUAAGGAUUAAAAAUAAAUAUCCCCUAUAAGAAAUGAUUAAGCCUUAGAUCAGCUUUAAGGAUCAGCUUAACAUUCUAAGCGUUAAUCAUAUAUGCAAUCAGACUAUCAAAGAUAAAACAUCAUACCAAAUGAAGUAGAAGGAAAUACUUAAGAUUAAAUAGCUAUUAGAAAAGAUCAAUAAAGACAAUAAUCUUAUAAAUAAACUGAGUAAGUUAAAAGAAAAUCUAUAUCUCCACAAUAUGAACAAUACUAAUAAUAAUAAUAAUAAUAAUAAUAAUAAUAAGAUUAACUUAAUUCAGUCAGAUAAAAUUAAAGAUAAUAGUCAUAUAAAUAAGGGGAUGUAUAACGAAAAUCAAUUUCUCCUACUUAAGAGGAGCCUAUCAUUGAAUUAAGAGGAGGUAUUCUUGAAGAACAUUAAAGAUAACCAUCAUAUGUAUAAAAUGUUCCAGUAUCAGAAUAAUAACGAAAUACUCAUAGAAAAUAGUCUAGUACUGUGGAAUAGUUUUAAAUUUAAAUCAACUAAUUGAAUGAUGAAUUAUUAUAGGCUAGACAUUUAGAAGAUGAAUUGAAAUCAUAAAUCAACUCAUUAAAUUAAUAACUUUAGGAACAUAAAUUAAUGGUUGAUAAUUUGUAAUAAGAUAAGAAAAAAUAAUAAGAAUAGAUUUCUAAAUAUAAAUAGGAUCUAUAAAAUUAAAAUUAAGAAUUACAAAAAUAAUUAUCAAAUAAUAAAGAUUUAUAAUUAUAACUUCAAAAGUUAUAACGUAAUGUUGAAACUUAAAAUAAAUUGUAAGAUCAAAAGCUUUAAGAAAAUUUACGAAAUCAAUAAUUUUUAGAAAAAUAAUUACAAGAAUCUCAUUAAAUAAUAGAGAAGCUUGAAUAAGAAAAUAAAAGUAUUACUCAUAAUUUUGAAUAAGAGAAAGAUGAUUUAAUAAAAGAGUAUGAAGAUUAAUUAGAAUAAAAGUAAUAGGAACUUAUAGAAUUAAAUUAGUCUGCUCUUUUGGAAAAAACAUCUAAAGUUGAAUUUGAAAUUUAAUUAAAUUAACUUAAAUAAAAAGAAGCUAAUUUCAAUUCUGAAAUUGAUAAAAUACGCAAAUAGAAGGAUUUAAUGAAAGCAUAAUUGGAAGAAACUCAAAAAAGUCUUAAUUAAGCUAAACUUUAGAUUAGUCAAAUAGAAUCAGAACAUACAGCAUAAGUUGAAUUAAGAGAACAAUUAGAAAAUAAUUAUGCUAUUUUAUAAAAGGAAUAUGGUGAAUUUAAAGAAAAUUCAAUAUCUUAAUUUAAUAGCAAAAUGAAUAGUUAUUAAUAAAAAGCUUAAUUGGAGUAUGACAAAUUAAAAAAAUAGAGUUUAUAAUAAUAAUCAGAAUUAGAGAAAUUAUAUCUAGAAAAAUCAGAAUUAGAAUAGGAAUUGAAUAAUACACAAUAGGAUUUGGGACAUUAAUAUUAAGAAGUAACCUAAUAGUUAUAAACUGCAAAAUAAACAAUAAAUGAAUAAAAAAAGUAAAUAAAGUAAUUAGGAUAAUAGAAUUAAUAAUUAAGUCAGGAUCAUUAAGAAUUAUCAGUACAUUAUUAAUAAUAAGAAAAUGAAUUAAAUUAAAUUAAAUAGGAAUUAUAAACUCAAUAAGAUCAAUGCUAAUCACUUCGAUUUGAUAUUUCUAGAAUUUAGAUGGAUAAGGCAUAAUUAGAAUCAGCUAAUAAAUAAUAAAGAUAGAUGGAUUAAUUGAUGUUAGAGAAUGAUUCUAUUUUACAUACAAAUGAACAAUUAUAAACUGAUCGUAAUUAAUUAGCUGAUACUCUUUAAUAAAAAGAGAGUGAAAUUGGAAGACAGAAAAAAAAAAUAGAUUAAUUAAAAUAAUUAAAUUAAUAAAAUGUAGAAUAAAUUAAGAAAUUACAAUAAGAAUUAUCAGAAAAAGAAAUAGUAGCUGAAAAAUGUUAAAGUGAAUUCAAUAAUUUUUAAAGAGAACUUUAGAUAUUGAGAAAGGAGAAUGAGAGAUUGUCAGCAGAUACUUAAAAAUAUGUAGAAUAACUUGAAUAAGAGAAAAUUAAUUCAGGAAAGAAACUUGAUCAUUUGUAAUCUUAAUUGUAGUAAUAAAUUUUAUAGAGAGAUUAAGAAUAUGAAGAUUUGGAUAAAUCAAGUAGAUCAGCCUUUGUUGAAUUAUAAUCUAGAAAGUAAGAAGCUGCUUAAUAAUAAAGAAGAUUAGAAUAAUAGAAUGAUCUUAUUAAAUAAUUGAGUGAAUAAUUAGAGAAGGUUUCAUUAUAACAUAAAAAUUUAUUAAAUGAUUCAUAAUUGAAUAAAUAAUAACAUGAAUAAUAACAAUAAGAAUUUGAAUUUACUAUCAAAGAUUUAUAAGCUAAUCUAUAAAAACAAUAAUAUGUUUAGGAUGAAUUAUAAAAAGAAAUUCAAAAAUAAAAAUUAUAAGAAGCCAAAUAAAAAGAAGCUUAUGAAGUGGAAAAAGAAAAAAUGAAUUAAAUGAUGUUAAAGUUGGAAGAAAAGUUGGAAUAACACAAAACUGAUACAGCAGCUGAUUUAUAAGAAUAUGAAAUAUUUAAAUAGACAAAUUCAUAAUUAAAUGGAGAAUUAGAAAGAGUUAGAGGAGAAAAUGCUGAUUUACAUGAAAUAGUUAUAUAACUUUAAAAAGAAAAUGUUUCAUUAAGAGAUCAUCAUUAAUAAAUGAUUUCACAAAUUGAAGAAAAUCAUCAGGCAACUGAAAGGUUGAGAACUCUAUGUUAAUAAUAUGAAUAAGAAGUCAUUUUGUUAAGGAGAUAGGUAAAUAUUCUUAUAUUUAUAUCUUUUAGCCUGAUUAUGGACAAUAUGAAUAACCAAAGGCAGGUUUUAUUAAAACAAAGAAUAGUAAGAGAAUAGAGGACAUGGAGAGAGAAAACAUAAUUUAAUAAAAAGAGAUUUAAAGACUAAAAUCAGUAAUUGAUGAAAUCUAGAAUAAUUAAAAUUAUAAUUCAACACCUACUCCAGAAAGGAAAUAAUUAAAUUAGUAGUAAAGUUUAUCUUAAAAAAAACAUUUGUUUGAAUAAAAGCCUAAAUCAAUUGAUAAUACUAUAAGGAAAUAAUUAUAAUGAAAUACU